GAGAGGAGGGAGCCAGGGCGGGAGGAGACACAUGCGCGCUGCCUGCCGCCGCCGCCGCCGCAGUGCUUAGCUUCCCAGGGACAGGAAACCUUCGAGACCGAGCCGCCACUGCCGCCUCCCCGACUGCUCCCCAUUCCGCGCGCCUGCCACACCCUCCUCCCCUUCUUCCAGUAUUUUUCGGUGGGGCACUGCAGGGACUCGGCCCGUGCGGCAGUCUCCCCCUCCCGGGGGAAAGCUGUGACCCCCCCCGCAAGAGCGGCGGGGCGGGGUGGGGGGGCCCGGGAGAAGAUGGCGACGCCGGGAAGCGAACCCCAACCUUUCGUCCCUGCUCUCUCGGUGGCUACUCUGCACCCACAUCAUCAUCCCCACCACCACCACCAUCAGCACCACGGAGGAACCGGAGCGGGCAGCGGGGUCGGGGGAGGCGGCGGCGGCGGCGGCAGCGGGGGCUUCAACCUGCCCUUGAACCGGGGGCUGGAGCGCGCGCUAGAGGAAGCGGCCAAUUCCGGGGGGUUGAACCUCAGCUCCAGGAAACUGAAGGAAUUUCCCAGGACCGCGGCCCCCGGGCACGACCUCUCGGACACGGUGCAGGCAGAUUUAUCUAAAAACAGACUGGUCGAAGUCCCAAUGGAAUUGUGCCAUUUUGUAUCACUGGAAAUUCUUAAUCUGUAUCAUAAUUGCAUCAGAGUCAUUCCUGAGGCCAUCAUUAAUCUGCAGAUGCUGACCUACUUAAACUUGAGUCGAAAUCAGCUGUCUGCCCUGCCUGCCUGCCUGUGUGGUCUGCCUCUCAAAGUCUUAAUCGCAAGUAACAACAAACUUGGAGCGCUGCCCGAAGAGAUAGGUCAGCUCAAACAGUUGAUGGAGUUGGAUGUCAGCUGCAACGAGAUCACGGCCUUGCCCCAGCAGAUAGGUCAGUUGAAAUCUCUACGGGAACUGAAUGUCAGAAGAAAUUACCUUAAAGUUUUACCACAAGAACUAGUAGAUCUUCCCUUGGUAAAGUUUGACUUUUCCUGCAAUAAAGUGCUCGUGAUUCCCAUUUGUUUUAGAGAGAUGAAACAGCUGCAAGUGUUACUGCUUGAGAACAACCCUUUGCAGUCUCCUCCAGCGCAGAUUUGCACAAAGGGCAAAGUGCACAUAUUCAAGUAUCUGAGUAUACAAGCAUGUCAGAUUAAGACAACCGACUCCCUUUAUCUCCACACGAUGGAGAGGCCACAUUUACACCAGCACGUGGAAGACAGCAAGAAGGAUUCGGAUUCGGGUGUUGGAAGUGAUAAUGGAGAUAAGCGUUUAUCUGCCACAGAGCCUUCUGAUGAAGACACUGUUAGCCUCAAUGUGCCAAUGUCAAAUAUCAUGGAAGAAGAACAGGUCAUCAAGGAGGACUCAUGCCAUCGCCUUAGCCCCGUUAAAGGGGACUUUCAUCAGGAAUUUCAACCAGAGCCUUCCCUUUUGGGUGACAAUGACAACUCAGGAGAAGAAAGAGACCAAUUUACUGAUGGAACAGAUGUUCUCCGUUCAGAAUUUAUAACCUAUAUUAAGGAUAGGGCUGAGGACUGUGAAGAACUGCUACGGAUAGAAGAGGACACGCACUGGCAGUCUGAGGGAAUAGUAAAUUCGUCCAAAGACCAGGACAUGAAUAUAGCAAUGAUUGAACAACUGAGAGAAGCAGUAGAUUUGCUGCAAGAUCCCAACAGAUUAAGCACCAAUAUUACAGAGAGAAAUGUUGUAAACUUUUAUCCUAUUGAAUCAGCAGAAGCCUUAGACUUACAAGAUUCUGCACUAAAUGGUCAAAUACAGCUGGAGACCUCUCCGGUUUGCGAGGUGCAAAAUGAUCUCACUUUACAGAGCAAUGGGAGCGAGUAUUCUCCAAAUGAGAUGAGAGCGAACUCGCCUGCCAUCUCUCCCACCACCAACAGCACCGCUCCGUUUGGCCUGAAGCCUCGAUCAGACCCAGCCCUCACUCUUCCUCCUAUCUCCUUCAACAAACUUACACAGGCACAAACAUGGGACAGCUCUAGCUACAGUGUUCCAUCUGAAGGAGACAGUGACAAUGUGUUUCUAAGACCUCAGAGAAAUUUGGAAUCUAUAGACCCACAGUUUACAAUUCGGAGGAAAAUGGAACAGAUGAGAGAAGAGAAGGAACUGGUGGAACAACUCCGUGAGAGCAUCGAGAUGAGACUCAAGGUCAGCCUGCAUGAAGACCUGGGGGCCGCACUCAUGGAUGGUGUGGUUCUCUGCCACCUGGUCAAUCACAUCCGCCCGCGAUCGGUCGCAAGCAUCCACGUCCCCUCGCCAGCAGUUCCCAAACUUAGCAUGGCCAAAUGCAGAAGAAAUGUGGAAAACUUUUUGGAAGCAUGCCGAAAAUUAGGAGUACCAGAGGCUGACCUCUGCUCUCCGUAUGACAUCCUGCAGUCGGACUUUCAGCACAUUCGAAAGACUGUUGACACUCUGCUGGCACUUGGGGAGAAACCCCCACCACCAACUUCUGCCCUCCGCUCCAGGGACCUUCUAAGCUUCUGUCUUGUCCAUAUUCUCUUUAUAGUGCUGAUCUAUAUCACUUAUCGCUGGAAUGCUCUGUCCGCCUAACGCCUGCAUGUGCACCCACACUCCCUCUGCUAUGUCACCCUGAUCCAUCGCAGGCCCCUUCCGCCAUCUGAGCCUUUGCCUGGCCGACUUCCCUCCUAGUCAUCUCUUGAGUGAUCUCUGGAGUUCUGAAGUCGGACAUUACGCGUCCGAUUUUCCCAAAGCACAAACUAUUUCAUAGAACGCAGUUGCCGUUAAAGAAUUUCUCCCCCUCACUGGAAGACAGCGACCAGUGUAUCCAGGCCUCACGCUUUCUCAUUCCCAUAGUGCCGGCAGUAGUGCACUGCAGUUCUUCUCUCUCUCCCAGGGAGCUUCGCUGCCCUGGGUAGAGCAGAAGAUUCUCGAACAGGAGCAGAGGGGAUUUAGGGUAUGGAAAUCUUUCCUUUGGGUCAGUGUUGGAUCCUAAUUCGGGACUGGGCAAUUGUGUAGAAGGGCUACCUUGCAGAGGAGACAGAAAACUGGCAUUUGGGGCCCUAUUUGGCCUAUUAAAGUCUUUAGUAAUACCAUUAUUGACCAAGUUGAAAAAUGCCAUUGGCAAAUGACUGCUUUGCUGGCCAUGCAGUUGGCUUCCUCCCUGUUGCUUGCCAUGGGAGCUGUGAGGGGCACCAGGGAGCAUUGCUGCCCACUUCCACAGGGAGGAAGCCCCUCUGCCCUGCCCUGCCGCGUGAGACCUAGCUGUGCAGGGGGUCGCUGGAAGGAGGGUCCAUGGCUGUUAGAGCGCCACCUGGAGGAUUCUCUUGCACGUCACUUGGCGCAUAUUUUUACUUUUUGCUCCCUGUUAGGUCUACUCUGAGCUCUUAGAAAAGCGUUUUUCAGAAGGGAUUUAUAUUUUUAAUAAUGUAAUGGGUCGUUUUUCUUUUUUGCUACAUCACAUCAUAACUGCAGGUCAAGAAUGUGAUGGGUUUGACUGUAUUUGCUUUCAAAUAAAGCCAUGAGUCAUGGAACAUCUUGGUCCUAGCACUUGGGUUACUAUGGCAGAAGCCAACAAAAAGAAGGCUCAUAUUUUAGAAGAAUGUAGUGUCCCUAAUGACUUCAAAUGUCUAUUUAGCCUUUGUUUUCCAGUGACAUUAGCAAGCUGCUUCUACCUUAAGUGAGCUUACAGGAUUAUAUAUAGUUAAUAUAUAACUUUUGGAGCAAUGUGAUCAGUUUGUAACUAAAAGAAAAAAACCCACUAGAAUCUUUUCUUGGCCAAGAUAUUCCUGGUUCUGGGAUGUCUUUCUCUAAUAUGAGAACGCCCUGCCCCAUGGUUCAGACAGCUUCCCCUAGGCUUUGCAUUACAUCCGAUUGCCAAAUACUGUUUCUUAAAUUCAGGAGAUGAUGACAUUAACUUCCUCAAGAUAAAUUUCUAGUUUACUCAUAUGCAAAGGGUCUACAUCGAUGGCUUCUAAGAAGAUAAUUUUAUUUUUCUGAAUGUUUCCAUGAAUCCAGGGGACUUGAGAAUAUUGAAGAACCACACAAUUAGAAGAGUAUAUUUAUAAAUAUUCUUUGUUGCUAAAUCAGAUUUUCUAAUGGGAAUAUUCUUUACAUAUUACCUGAGCUGUUUCCUCCUGAUUUUGUGUGGAUUGGUGAAAUACAGGGUAUGCAGACGCCACUUAGCUAACCUCGGCUGUGUAUAAAUAACCCACAGAUGUACUGAAUUGCUUUUGGUGCUAUCUUGUACUCUUCAAUCUGUAACACAAUAAAAGCCCUUUGUGCAAAGUCUAAUGAACACCCUGAGCCAUAAGUUGUUUAAUAAACACAUUGCGGGUGAUUAUUCCAGGUUCCAAUCAGCCCAUUGAUGCCCUGACCUGUGGCCCCCACCCCCCACCCCAGAGCAGCUCUCUGGGUCUCCACCCAGCUCUGCAGUGCACUGUGGCUUCCCUUAAUGAUCCCUGUUUGGGUUUUUUUUUUCUUCUUUGGGAGGGGUGGGGGGCAAAAGAGAAGAAGAGCCAUGACUUACAGGGUGGCACUUGAAAGAAAAUUCUAUCCAUAAAAACUGAGUAGAGCAAUCAUGUGAGAUCAGAUUUAAUUUUCAGUGCUGACUUGAUGGCAUUCUUAGGCUAUGUUCAUAUUUCAGUCCUGGCAUCCAAGGAUUCUUUGGAUGCGCUUUCAUUUCUCAUGCCAUUAAUGUAUCUGUUCCCUAACGUGCUGCUCCUCUUGGGAUCUGUGGGGUGGUAUUUUUUUUUUCAAUCAAGUGGUAUGGUAACUAGCAGAACAUAAUUAAUUUAGCCCUUUAGGCAAAACUUGGAAUGAACUGUCUUGCCCAUUGUCAGGCUGUUCAUUUCUAUUUAGAAUAUUAAGCCUCUCUCCACGGUUCUUCCCUGAGGUACCCACACACCAACCCAUAUGCUCGCAUGAGGCCCGCCAUUACAGCAUGACUGGGGAUGUAAGCUGAUGUGCUUGUUGUCUGAGCGGUGGGCAGGGAUUUAGUUCUAUGAUUUAUAUGUGCAUCCUAAAUCUCCUUCCUCACACAAGAAGGACCAUUUUUCCAGUACCUUCAGUGCCUGAUAAAAGGAACCCAUUGUUUAUUUAUGUUCUGUCUUUGAGAUAGAAAGAUCUAUUUGAAAGAGAAAGUUCUCUUUCUCCAGCUCCUCCAACUGGUGACAGCUCACCCCUCAGUAUAAGGAUUUCCACAAUAUGUCACAACUAAUGUCUUUUCAUUCCCUCUAUUUAUGGAUUUAUGAUUCACAUGUGGCUCAGUGUUCGGGGCAAGACACUCACAGAAUGGGGUUGGUGGUGAGGGGUCCCGCAGAACUCAAAAGUAAGACAACCGAGUAGGAAUUUCAUCAAUGAAAAUAGGUUUUAAAAAAAAGGCGCUUGAUACCCUGAUACCUUUUUUUGUGACUAAGAAAUUAAAUUCAGUGCAUGGUGGCUAGGGUUAUCUCUCUAAAAUCCAUGUUGCUCUAUAAGGACAAGACAUCCUAAGGACAAAGGAUGUCUCACCUUACAGGGUCCAGUACUAGACAACCGAUUAAAAUUUCAGAAGCCUGAAAGUGGUUUUGGAUUAAAUGAAAAAUAUUUUAAUACCAUUUUAUUUCAGGGGAUUUAGGUUUAAAAUUAGGAUUCAUAUUUUGGAAGUAGUUCUCAAUAAACAAUCAGAUAUAUAGAGAACGUGCACUUUUUUCCUUCUUUGAGACCAUCAAGGUCCAGUUCCUUGGCUCUUCAGUGUGAUUUUAUUUGUGCUUGUGUUCAUUUAUUCGUUCUUCUAAUACCGAAGGAACACUCUUAGAGUAAGGCUCUGUCGUAGACCUUGGGGAUACGUGACCCUGUCUUCAAAAAUCCUGCAGUCUAGACCGGGGGUCAGCAACAUUUUUCUGUCGAGUACCAGAUGAUAAAUAUGGCGGGCUUUGUGGCCUCUGCAGUCUAUGGGACAGCCACUCCGCUCUGCUGAUAACAGUUUGAGAGCAACCGUCAGCAACCCCCUAUGAACAGGGAUGGGUGUGUUCCAGUCAAACUUUAUUUACAAAAACAGGCUGUGGACUGACUUGGCCUGCAGGCAGUGGGUUUUGGACCCCUGACCUAGUGGACAAAGCAAAUGGAAUUCAGGGUGAUACAAGAUUCUGUAGGUAGGGAACGGGGAGUCUGCAAAGCCUUUCCGGAACUGCGAUGUUUUUACCCUGAGACCUGAAAGGUAUAUAGGAAUCGCCAGGGGACAGGGGUGCAGGUUCGGGAAGUGAGGAAACGAGCAAAUACGCGUGGAGAAUGAAGUAUUCCCGAGGGAGGACGCACUUGGUGGUGGCAGGGCUGGAAGGCAGAGACUCGAACAGAAGGUGACAAGUCUCUAGGAGUGGGACAUGGUCUCCGUUUUACAUGGGAAGAAACCGACCCCAGAAUGCUCAGGUGGCGGGAACUUGAAGCUCGCUCAUGUGCAAAUAACAUAGAUGGUCCUGCUUCAAGUUCAUUCACUUCAGGGGCAGGAAAGGGCGUUUGAGAAACAGACUGACAGAUCUGAACAGUGCAGGCAUCAGUGACUUCAUCUUAGUCCAGCGGCUGGCCGGGGAGGAGGUCCCUGGCUGUGUGGGAGCACAAGGAACUGUAGAAAGAGGAGAGCCAGGCGGCCGUGCUCCCGGGAGGCCUCUUCCGCCCGGCCCAGAGGUCUGUUGCUCUUGAUGAGAAGCCCAACAAACCAGGUCGCAGAGCUAACGCCUGUCCCCGAAUCGAGGGUUCUGUGACCCCCCACCCAAUGUGAAAUUUAAUGGUGCUUCUCAGGAUAGAGGCCCUUUCCUGUCCCCAGGGCACAGAUUCACCUCCAGAUGAAGGAAUUUCUGGGCAGCUGCCUGAUGUUGUAGAAAGAGCCCGGACUGGGAGAGGAGACGCGUGUUCAAAUCCUGGCUCCUAUACUUACCAGCUUUGGGACUUUAACAAAGUUACUUAACCUCUCUACGUAUCAGUUUUGUCAUCUGGAAAAGAGAGCUAUUACAUCUGCCUUGCACAGCUGUCCUAAUGAAAUAAGCAAUGCAGAUCCGUAGUGUUGGCCCCCAGCAUGUAGGAGGGGCCCCAGAGAUCUUUCUGAGUUCGCAUUUACUGCUUAUGGCUUCCCUGUUUGCUGGGGCUCUAGAAAGAGUUGGGUGACGGGCUGUGAGGGAACCUUUACUGAUUCCGCCAUUGGAGAAGCAACACAGAGUACGAGCUCUUCAGGGGCCAUGGGAAGCUCUGUGUUUAUGGAAGAUACUCCUUUAUGACUCUGCCCUGUGCUUUAAAAGGAAACACAACAGUGGUGCCGUGUUCUCCAGGAAAGCUGCUAGGCUCCUCUAACGAUGGAUAAAUUUAAAUGCAUUUAAAGUCAGUGUGAACGUACAGUGUUCUCUGCUUUAAAUCCCUUUCAUCCAGGUUUACGUGGCCCUUCUCUGUCACUUCUGAUCCAAUUAUAAAUGUACAGCCAUUCCUUCUCUCUCCCAGCUUCUGGGUCACUUCUGGGACCCUCCCCCCGAAACCCCCUGGCCUAUGCAGAGGCAGGACUAGUGUGGUAGAAGAUGGCCUUCAGGCCAUCCUGGCUACCCUCUUCAUUUCCAGCAGGCUCCCCUCGCUCAGCCUGUCAGCCAGUGCCUCAACUCAUCAUUCCUAUCAGUCUUCAUUCCAGUCCUGUCGUAAAAUAACAGAACUGCUGCGUUUUUAUGUUUCUGUUACCUUAGGCCAGUCUUUGUAGGUACCUCCGACACCAUCCAAGUAAUCUGAGGGUACUUCUGGGUUUCUUUAGGGCAUCUGAAUGAAAGGAGAAAGGCAGAAAGGAAUUGAGAAGUACCUUUUUAUGUCCUCUGUGUACUUCUCAUUGCCAGCUCUGAGGGUCGAAGUGAGACUCGUGGGCUCCACACCGGAUUUACGAGUGAGGAGACCAAGAAGGUGAGAAAUGCCGCUUGGAAAACUAAAGGCCGAGUAAGGUAGCUCAGUCUGUGUCGUCUCCAGAAGUACUAUCAGUGGGAGGUUGAGAUCUCAGUACUUUUCCCCUCCCUGUCUCUUUGGAGCCCCUAACCCUUCCCAACCAUGGCCACUAGCUUGGAACCCUGGAGCCAGCACUCCUCAGAGGGACCAGUGCAGCCAUUAAUGGGGCCAUGUUGCAUCUCAAGCAGGACUGAGUUUAGGGCACAUAGCCCCAUAAAAGCCAUGCUGUACACAGAGUUUAGACCCUGUGGAAAUAUUAGUACUUGAAUUCAGGCACAUUUAGGACUUAAACACUGUGGUCAAGAAGCAAAGUGUCUUUCAAAAUGCCUUGGGAGUAUUUAUUCUUUUAAGAUUUCUAUUUGCGUUCCUUACCGAGCGUUCUAUUGAUCUGUUACUGCUUUUCUCGAUGAUUCAUUGAAUCAACGUGCUCAUAAAACCCUUUGUAAUUUGAUCCAAAUACUUCUUUAGAGUUUGUUGUUUAUCUUUUAAUUAAUUUGGGGUUUUUUAAAAAGAUUUUAUUUAUUUAUUUGACAGAGAGAAAGUACACAAGCAGGGGGAGCAGCAGGCAGAGGGCAAAG